AUGCAGGUUGAACAUGAGGGCAUUGUCUGGAGAAGAAAAGCAGACUCAUCUGGAAGAAUUGUCAAUGCUUCUAUAAACAAAAAACGGAGCAUCCUGAUAUUGCUGAUUUUGUUCCUGUACGUGGCCAUGUGGUUAUCAGGAAAAAGCUGGGAGAUCUCAGAAGGGAUCAAAGAAUGUAAUUACCACCAGAGUCAUGACACUUCCAAGAACCCUGAUAAUCAACUCAAGGACCAACCAAAGGAACCAGUCAAGCCUAUGGGACUAUGGUUGAGAGAGAGCCUGGAUGUCCUUCAGGAGAGACUGGAGCAAGAACUAAGGGCCCUGGAACAACAGGUGAAAGACCUGGAAGAAUGGUUAGAUUAUCACUUAAAGGAUCUGGGAUCAGAAGAAAAGUUUGUAACCCUCACAAAUCACUUUUAA